AUGGCUGGAUUCGGCAAUGGCUUCUCUAACGGCAAUGGCGGCCACACCAACCACCCCGCUGCCCAGCAGGCGCCCCCGGUGAAGGUCCAACCCCUCCUGUGUUCUGGCCAUACCCGACCUGUCGUCCACCUCCAACUCCAGGACGGCACAUAUCUGCUCAUCUCGGCAUGCAAGGACGGCAACCCCAUGUUACGGUCCUGGUUGGGUGACUGGAUCGGCACCUUCAUCGGCCACAAGGGCGCUGUCUGGUCGACUAAGAUUUCCCUUGACACCUCGCGCGCGGCAACUGGGUCCGCCGACUUCUCGGCAAAAAUCUGGGACACGAACACUGGCGAAGCCCUCCACAGCUUCUCGCACAACCACAUUGUGCGCACUGUCGCGCUCAACCCUCAGAUUCAGCCCCAGUACCUCCUGACUGGUGGCAACGAGAAGAAGAUCCGCUUGUUCGACCUCAACCGCACGGAUGCCCAGCCCCUAAUCCUCGGCAGCAACCCUGACGGUCUCUCCUGUUCAGGUGUCGUGCGGAGUAUUGUUUGGGACGAGGGCCAGGGCGGCGCCGUCGGUGUCAGCGCCGCCGAGGACGGCAAGGUCCGCUGGUGGGACCUGCGCACCCUCUCGCAGAUCGACGAGGUCGACGUCGGUGUGCCCAUCUCGUCGAUGGAGCUCGCCCACGGCGGCGGCACGCUCUCUGUCGCUGCUGGCAAGAGUGUGCACUUCCUCGAUGUCAUGCGCCAGCACCCCCCGGUGUCGAUCCAGAUGCCGCAUGAGGUGACAUCCGCGUCGCUCCAUCCUUUCAUGCGCGACCGCUUUGUCGCCGGCUCAUCUGCCGACCCCUGGGUCCGUGUCUACGACCUCGACUCGGGUGCCGAGCGCGAGGUGUACAAGGGCCACCACGGCCCUGUGCUCUGUGCGUCGUACUCUCCUGACGGCGAAGUCUACGCGUCAGGCAGCGAAGACGGCACGAUCCGCCUCUGGCAGACGACGCCUGGCAAGUCGUAUGGCCUCUGGCAGACGCAGGAGUAG